AUGCAAUCUACCAUUCAUGUGCUAGAUGACCCGACUGUAGAUGUUCAUGCACCAGCCAAAACUUACUAUACCACAGGCAACAAUGCUGGUGGAGUCAUCAGCCGAUUAAAGACGCUCAAGGACAAAUCACAAGAUUUACCACCACGCAAAAGACGGGCUUCCUAUGAUGACAAGAAUAAAGCACAAAAAUUCUUGAUUGACGUAAAGGAGACUCAGCGCAUUUUGGUGGAACAGGAAGAUACAGAUGGCGAUUUCCAAAUCACAGUAAACGAUCUUGGACCCAAAUCAUUUUCAGUGGGCACAGCAGAUUCAGGAGGCUAUCGCCGCAUUGAAAUACGUGGCACUUACAUGCUAUCCAACUUGCUGCAAGAACUUGCCCUGGCGGAUGACUAUGGCCGUAAACACAUUGUGUUGGAUGAAGCCCGUCUUAAUGAGAACCCAGUGGAUAGGCUAUCGCGGAUGAUCAAGUACAACUUUUGGGAUGGGUUGACACGUCGCAUUGAUGCAGAGGGCUUGGAGUUCAUUUGUGCAGAUACAAAGAACCGCUCUGCCGACCAUAAUCCUCGGAUCUAUAUACCCUUUGAUCUAGAUGAGAUAUUCGAGUACUACAAACGAGUGGCAGCCGCACGACCCCAUUUAAGGUUACAAGUGGAAAGGUUACCCAAGGACAUCACACCCGAGUACGUCAAAAGCAUCAAUGAUAGACCUGGCAUUUUGACACUGGCCAUGAAAAAGGAGUAUGACCAUGGCACCAAGCAGCAAGUAUGGCGAGGCGUGCCGUUUGUUGUGCCAGGCGGUCGAUUCAACGAAAUGUAUGGUUGGGAUUCUUACUUUAUUGCAUUGGGGCUAUUGGUGGAUGGUCGCACAGAACUAGCUCAAAACAUGGUAGAUAACUUUGUUUAUCAGAUUCAGCAUUACGGCAAGAUACUGAAUGCAAACCGAUCCUACUAUCUGUCUCGCUCUCAGCCUCCCUUUUUGACGGACAUGGCGUUGCGUGUCUACCACAAGCUGGAUCAAUCCACAACAGGCAAGAAGCUGGAGAAUCUGGCCUGGUUGGCCAACGUGUUUCAAACAGCCAUCAAGGAAUACAAUCAAGUGUGGAUGUCUGAACCUCGCUAUGAUAGCAAGACGGGCUUGUCCAGAUUCAGGCCUGAGGGUCUAGGUAUACCUCCAGAGACUGAAGCUUCUCAUUUCGAUCAUGUGAUUCAACCGUAUGCUGUAGAAGCAAGUUUGACCAUACAGGAAUACAUGGAGCAAUACAACAACGGCACUAUCAAGGAGCCUCGACUGGACGAGUACUUUUUGCAUGAUCGGGCUGUUCGAGAAUCCGGCCAUGACACGACCUACCGAUACGAAAAGGUGUGUGCCAACCUAGCUACCAUUGAUCUAAAUUCGCUGCUGUACAAGUAUGAAACAGAUAUUGCAGAUACCAUUGAUCUCUUGUUUGAUGGUGAGCUCUCAUUCACAGAUGACAGCAGCAACACACUGGCCAAACACCACGCUCGAGAAUGGCGACGACGGGCCACUGUAAGAAAGGAGAGAAUCAACACCUAUCUCUGGAACGAAGAAAAGAGCCUUUACUAUGACUAUGAUACCGCGCUGGAAAAGCAAAUCAACUAUGAAUCUGUUACAGCAUUCUGGGCCAUGUGGGCCAAAUGUGCUAGUCCUGAACAGGCAGACAAGAUGGUCCGGCAUUCAUUACACAAAUUCGAAGCACUGGGAGGUUUGGUGUCUGGCACAGAAGAAUCAAGAGGCAUUACAUCACUGGAUCGGCCCAAUCGACAAUGGGAUUUCCCCUUUGGAUGGGGCCCUCAUCAAAUCAUGGCUUGGAAAGCGUUUGAAAACUAUGGGAAGCAGGAUAUCGCGGAAAGAGUAUCUUACCGUUGGCUGUAUACUAUCACCAAAUCGUUUGUGGAUUUCAAUGGUGUUGUACCCGAGAAAUACGAUAUUGUGGGCAUGACACAUAAAGUCGAGGUGGAGUACGGUAACGUGGGCAUCGAUUUCAAAUACGUGCCAAGAGAGGGAUUUGGGUGGAUGAACGCUUCGUAUCAGAUUGGCCUGUCGCUGAUUAGCACCAAGAUGCGUCGUGCUUUGGGUACGUGCACACAUCCAGACUUGUUCUAUGAAAAGACGCUCAAGACGGCCAAGGAUCCAGAGGAGGUUUCCAGACAGUUGAGACAUAGAAAGUCGGCAGAAUCAGCCGCGAGAAAGAUUACACACAAUGGCCAAAUUACAGCAGCCAUCACAAAGAUUGGAGGCAGCGGCAGUGGUGGCAGUGGUCAUCACAACCAUAUCAUGCCCAUGAAUGACGCGGACGUCUUGUUCCUAGAACUCACAGAGCCACCUAAAAAGCAGCGCUCCUAA